AUGAGCACCUAUCCUGAUCUCCACCUUUAUAUCGACGGGCAGUUCCGGAAAACCACGGCAACGCUUCCGGUCGUCAAUCCGGCGAAUGAACAGGUGAUUGGUGAUCUGCCAAUUGCGGAUCAAAGAGAUCUGGACGAUGCACUGGAAGCCGCGGGGCGCGGUUUCAGGGUGUGGAGCCGUACGUCACCUCGAGAUCGCAGCGACAUCAUUUUGAAAGCCGCCCGACUGUUGCGCGAACGGAUGAACGAUGUUGCCUUUUCGAUCACCUGCGAGCAUGGAAAACCCUACAGGCAAGGUCAGUUGGAGGUUGUUCGGGGCAGCGAGUUCUUCGAGUGGGAUGCAGGAGAAUGCCAGCGUCUUUACGGACGGGCGAUCCCGGGGGCACCGGGGCUGCGGCACACGGUCCUUCGGCAACCGAUCGGAACCGUGGCAGCGUUUGCGCCCUGGAAUUUCCCGAUGAGCCAGCCAGCCCGGAAAGUCGCGGGAGCCCUUGCCGCCGGGUGCUCGGUUAUCCUCAAGGCGGCUGAAGAAACGCCGGCAGGAGCCUUGCAUAUCGCUCGUGCCUUUCAUGAUGCAGGGUUACCGGCCGGAGUGCUCAAUCUGGUUUUCGGUACUCCUUCGGAGAUCUCGUCCUAUCUGAUCCCGCAAGACCAGAUCCGGCUGGUUGCCUUCACGGGUUCCACCGUCGUCGGACGUCAAUUGACGGGGCUGGCGUCCGAUCACAUGACACCCGUGCUGAUGGAACUGGGUGGCCAUGCGCCGGUUAUCGUAUGCGAUGACGUUGACCCCGAAGAGGUCGGCGGGAUCUGUGCCAGUCGCAAGUAUCGCAAUGCGGGUCAGGUAUGUACGUCGCCGACCCGAUUUUAUGUCGGUGAGACGCAAUUCGAGACAUUUGCACAAAGCUUCGUUGCAAGUGCAGAUGCCAUUGUUGUCGGCGAUGGACUGAACGAGAAGACCCAAAUGGGACCGGUUGCCAACGAGCGCCGGCUUGCGGCGAUGUCGGAACUGGUUGAGGAUGCAGUUUCCAACGGUGCAGAGCUCAGAACCGGUGGGCACAGGAUCGGCAACAAGGGCUACUUUUUCGAGCCCACAGUCCUUGCCAAUGUACCAGACAAGGCGCGGAUCAUGAGCGAAGAGCCUUUCGGUCCGAUUGCGAUUAUCAAUCCGGUGUCCUCACUGGAAGAGGGAAUCGCACAGGCAAACCGAUUGCCUUUUGGCCUUGCUGCCUAUGGCUUUACCCACUCGGCUGCAAAUGUCGAACAGCUGGUGGACGGUGUGGAGACAGGCAAUCUGUCGAUCAACACGCUUGAGGCGUCACUGCCCGAGACGCCUUUCGGCGGAGUGAAGUCGAGCGGCUACGGCCGUGAAGGCGGGGAGGAAGGCCUGCACCAUUAUACGGUGGUGAAAAACGUUUCCCACAAGAUCGCCAUCGGUUGA